AUGCCGUCUUACAUGAGCUUCCUGCUUUUACUUUUGUGCUUGAUCCUGAUCGGGGAGUGCAGGAAACACAAAAGUCGGAAAAAGCGGUGGUCCGCGCCGGCGGAGACGCACAAGCCAGGCACUCCUCUGUCCAAGAAGGUUACGGAUGGAACCAAAACUCGGAAGGUGAAGACCAGCCACCUUCUGCGCAUCGACGAGCAUGACUUCACCAUGAGGCCCGCCUUCGCAGGUCCAGCUGUCCCUGUUGGAGUGGACGUUCAGGUGGAGAGCUUGGACAGCAUAUCAGAGGUAGACAUGGACUUCACCAUGACUCUCUACUUGAGGCACUACUGGAAGGACGAGAGGCUGGCCUUCCCGAGCUCAACCAACAAGAGCAUGACCUUCGACGGGCGCCUGGUGAAGAAAAUCUGGGUGCCCGAUGUGUUCUUCGUCCACUCUAAGCGUUCAUUCAUCCAUGACACCACCACCGACAACAUCAUGCUGCGGGUCUUUCCGGACGGUCAUGUCCUGUACAGCCUGAGGGUUACAGUUACUGCUGCCUGCAACAUGGAUUUCAGUCGUUUCCCUUUGGAUUCACAGACGUGUACACUGGAGCUGGAGAGCUACGCUUACACAGACGAAGACCUGAUGCUGUACUGGAAAAGCGGUGAUGAGUCUCUGAGCACCGAUGACAGGAUUUCUCUGUCUCAGUUCCUCAUCCAGAAGUUUCACACGACCUCCAGACUGGCUUUCUACAGCAGCACAGGCUGGUACAACCGUCUGUACAUCAACUUCACUCUGCGGCGUCACAUCUUCUUUUUCCUGCUGCAGACCUACUUCCCUGCCACUCUGAUGGUCAUGCUGUCCUGGGUGUCCUUCUGGAUCGACCGCAGGGCCGUCCCUGCCAGAGUCUCAUUGGGUAUAACCACAGUGCUCACCAUGUCCACCAUCAUCACGGGAGUCAAUGCCUCCAUGCCCAGGGUCUCCUACAUCAAAGCUGUGGAUAUUUACCUCUGGGUCAGCUUCGUCUUUGUCUUCCUGUCUGUGCUUGAAUAUGCCGCCGUCAACUACCUGACAACAGUGAGGGACGGGAAAGACCGCAAGCUCAGAGAAAAAGUCAGGGAACAGUCCCAGACGCUCCCCUGCACCUGUGGCAUGUCCCACGCCAGGACCAUGAUGCUGGAUGGUACGUACAGUGAGGCAGAUGCCAACAGCCUGGCAGGGUACACAAGGGCCUCCAUGGCGGCUGAGGACGCAUCAGAAAAACAGGAGAGAAUGGUGGUGCAUCUCUCCCUGGACGAGCCCACGGGGACCAAGAAAAAGGGCAUCCGUGGCUUCCGGAUCAUCCACAACACCCACGCUAUCGACACCUACUCUCGCAUGAUCUUCCCCGGCGCCUACAUCCUGUUUAACCUGAUCUAUUGGUGUGUGUACUGCUGA